CACUAGAACAUUUGUCAGGAUUUACCUAAAUUAUGUCUCAAAUCGUGCAGUAAGAUGGAUUUAUUUUGGCGCACAUAAUGAAACGGUUCAAGAAAAAUCCCAUUGAACGUGUGAAUAACAUUAUAAAAGCGGUCCCGGACAAGAACCAGUAUCGAGGACUUGUACUGCAGAAUGAGCUGAAGGUGUUACUGAUUAGCGACAAUGAGAGUGAAUUAUCAGCGGCAUCCUUGUCCAUACAAGUUGGGCAGAUGUCUGAUCCUAAAUACGUAUCUGGAUUGGUGCACUUGAUGGAACACGCAAUAUCAGUUGCAUCCGCAAAAUAUCCUGAAGAUAAUUCUUAUCAGAGUUUCCUAACAAAAAAUGGUGGAAGAUCAAAUGCUUAUGCGUAUGCAUCAAUGACCAGAUUUUAUUUUGAAAUAGUACCGGAAAAGUUCGAGGAGGCUUUAGAUCGCUUUUCACAACAUUUUAUAUCACCACUAUUUCCAGAGGCUGCUGUGGCACGAGAGAUAAAAGUGAUCAAUACAGAAUUCGAGAAAAAUUUAUACGAUGACCAAUGGCGAAUUCGUCAACUCAAUAAGCAUCUAGCAGAUCCGAAACAUCCAUUCAAGGGUUUUGGGACAGGGAAUUCCAUGACAUUGGAAACAAUACCGAAGAAGAUGGGCAUCAAUGUUAGAGACGAGCUGAUGGAUUUCUUUAAAAAGUACUUUUCAGCCAAUUUGAUGUGUCUAGUCGUACUUGGGAAAGAAUCCUUAGACAAGCUUGAAGAAUGGGUGGUGUCCAAAUUCUCGGAAAUUGAAAAUAAAAAAGUUGAACACAUGGUGUGGACCAGUCCACCUUAUCUGCCAGAGGAAUAUGGAACGAAAGUCUAUGUAACUCCCAUAAAGGAUUAUAGGUCGCUUGUUAUCAGCUUCACAACGGACGAUUUCACACGACAUUUCCGAGCAAGGCCGGAAGAGUAUGUAACGCGUCUUAUCGAGCAUCAGGGAAAGGGUAGUAUAUUUUCGCAGUUAAGAGAGCGACAUUGGAGUAACAAGAUAUGCGCAAACCAUUUGAAAGUUCCAUAUUCCUUUGGGCUACUGGAGAUUUCAAUCAAUUUAACAGAAGACGGUCUUGAGCACGUGGACGAAAUAAUCCAGCUAGUAUUUGAAUACAUGACGAUGUUGCGUAACGAGGGUCCCAAAAAAUGGCUUUUUGAUGAGAUGACCAAUAUUCAGGAUUUGGAUUUUAGACAUGGGGAGAGGCAGAACGCGAGGGCCUUUGUCAUUCAUUUGGUGCAUGCGAUGCAGCUCUAUCCCAUGGAGGAACUUAUAACGGGUCCAGCACUGAAUAUCGAAUGGCGACCAGAGCUGCUCAAAGAUCUAAUCAAUGCGCUGAGACCUUCUCAAUGCAGGAUAUUCCUAGUUGCUAAGAAAUACGAACCGACUACAUAUGAAGUUGAACCCAUAUAUAAAACGAAAUUUCGUAAAGAGAUUCUACCGCAGCCGCUUCUUCAACAAUGGGAAAAGAGCAGAGCGAAUAACGUAUUCCAUCUACCUCCACCUAACCCCUACAUACCAACUGACUUCACGAUAUUCCCGAAGGAAAUGCCAGCCCAUCCGACCCCUGUAAUAAUUUUCGAUUCACCAUGUUUGCGCACGUGGUAUAAGCAAAAUUUUGAAGUGAAAACUCCGAAAACAUAUAUGCAUAUCGAAUUUUCAAAUCCUAUUGUGGCAGAUGAUGAGAUAUUUUCAAAUUUAAUGCAUAUGUUUGUGGCUAUAUUUUUAGAUUCAGUAUAUGAAAUUUUAUUUUAUAUUAAUUUAGCUGGAUUGCAGUUUUCGAUGGCACCUAGCUUGACUGGGAUAAAGGUCAUAUUCGCUGGCUAUUCUCACAAACUUUCUAUACUUCUGAAAUCUAUUAUUACCAAAUUGUUUGAAUUCAAAGUCGAUCAGAAAGUAUUCGAAAUUUUCAAAGAGGAGCGCAUACGUCAAUUAAAAAAUGCAUUGACCGAGCAAUCUUAUAAGCACGCCUUAUCAUGUGUCCACUUUUUAAUUACACAAAAAUGCUAUCCGAAUGCAUCUUACGGGGAUGUAAUGAAAGACACAACUUUGAAGGAUCUCGACCAUUUUUUAAAAGAUUUUUUCCAUCGUUUAAAUAUUGAGUGUUUUAUUUAUGGGAAUGCCAACAAGCAAAACGCCUUGGCACUUUCCGAUUUUCUUAAAGAUAAAUUGGAGAAAACAUAUUCUAUCAAAUCCCCACUUCUCAUGCUUCAGCUGUUGCCACCCAGAGAUUAUAAAUUGAAAGAAGGAGAAUCUUACUCUUUCGAUUAUCACACCAAAUAUUCAAAAUUAUGCUGUACCCUUCUCUACUUGCAAUGUGGGCCUCGCAAGGAAUAUGAUGUCGUUAUAACUGGUUUAUUGGUGCGUAUUAUGGAGCUUCCUUGCCUGGAAUUUUUGCAGACGAAAGAUUUAAUUGGAUAUAAUGCAAAAUGUGAUACGUGGAUAACAAGAAACAGUAAUGGAAUGUAUAUUGCCGUGCAAACUGAUAAGGAGCCACAUUUCAUUGAAGAGAGGAUUGAAAAAUUUCUACUGUAUAUGAUGGAUGUUUUGACCAACAUGACAGACGAUUCAUUUCAACGAUAUAAAAAAUCCUUCCAAGUUUAUUUUGCUCCAACUCCUAGAACUUCCUUGCAAAGGUUCCAGGUGCUCCUUGAAGAGAUCUCGAGUGAGCUAUAUAAUUUUAACAAGCUUGAAAUCGCGAAAAAUAUCCUAAAUUCUUUAACAAAGAAAAAUGUGAUUGAUUUUUUUACGACUUAUAUAUCAAAGAACGCUCCCAGCAGACGUGCACUUUUUAUUUACAUAAGUACACCCUAUAUCAAAAUGAAAAAGCGACGUAAAGACCAGCCAGAAGUCUAUGCAGACCUGUUCUCAUACCAUUCUUUCAAGGACGACCUUGGUGAUUAUGCACAUACAAAAAUUUUAGAUCCCGAUGCUUUCAAAGCAAGUUUGGAGAUGUAUCCGUUGACGAAGCCAUAUCAAAAUAUACAAUUCAAGGGUAGGCGAGUGAGGCUAAAUUAUUCUUAGCUUUAUCCUUGGGAUACUGAAACUUAAUAAAAUUAUGUGUGUUCAAAAUUUAUGCCCCAAAAUAAAUGGA